AUGAGCUUCAAGGGUCGCAAGUCCGUCACCGCGCCGCCGCGCGUGCUGACGUCAUCAUGGCGCGGCGUGUCCUGGUCCCUCUUCCUACUCCUAGCCGUCGCGCUCUUCGCCCUUGCAGAUGUCCUCGUUAUAAGAUACAGUUGCUCGUUCGCCGGAUUCGGCGCGUCCCCGUCAUGGAAGAGCCUCUUGAAUAGUAGUAAAUCCGACUCGGAGUUAAAGCCGGCGCCGCCGCUGGUUGAAGCAAGUUUUGAGACGUCUCAAAAGCCGGCGCCGCCGCCGGUUGAAGCAAGUUAUGAGACGUCUCAAAAGCCGCCGGCGCCGGAUGAAGCAACCGAUGAGAUCGGACCGUUGGCCGGCGCGGACCCGCAAGGGAUGGACGAGGCGGCGGACGUGCGAGAAAUGAGCGAGGUGGCGGACGUGCGAGAAAUGAGCGAGGCGGCGAACGUGCGAGAAAUGGGCGAGGCGGCGGACGUGCGAGAAAUGGGCGAGGCGGCGGACGUGCGAGAAAUGGGCGAGGCGAACCUCGGGAUCAUCGAAGAGGCGGACCCGGGGGAGAUCGACGAGGUGGACCCGCGAGGGAUUUCUGAGUCGACUCAAAAGCCGGACCGGGGGGAGAUCAUCGAAGAGGCGGACCCGCGAGCGAUAGACGAGGCGGACAUGCGAGGGAUGGACGAGAGGGGUGCAGAUCGGUUGCGAUACCCGGGCAGGAAGCGCGUGAAGGGGUUCGUCGGGGUUCACACCGGUUUCAAAAACGGCAGGAGGCGCGCGUUGCUUCGCGAGACGUGGUUCCCCGCCACGCCCGAGGAGCACGCGCGCGCGGAAGCAACACUUGGCCUGGUGUUUCGCUUCAUAGUCGGGCAUGGAGACGCGGAGGAGUGUGAUAUGAGCCGUGCCCUCCCUGCUCCCCUUUCCCCCUCCACGUCCUCCGCCAUUCGCUUAUUCCCCAGCGCGGAAGCAACAUUGGGCCUGGUGUUUCGGUUCAUAGUCGGGCAUGGGAGGAGCGUGGAGGACGAGGAGAUGCUGCAGGCGGAGAACAGCACUCACGGGGACUUCCUUCGCAUCGACGUGCAAGAGUCGUACCUCAAUCUCAACCGCAAGACGUAA